CGCCCCGCUCCGCCAUCAUGAAGUCCUGAACAAAAACGGAUGAGAGUCGAGCAAAAUGGGGAUAACACGGACUUGAGAUGAAUUCCGCCGACAACACUAACGUAAUGACAGUACACAGUGGAGCACGGAGCAGGCCCGUGGAAAUUAAUGAAUCAAUUUCCCAUUGAAAACGUCCCAGGCAGCUCCUGGCGUUACGUUAUUUAGUUAGCCUUGUAGCUAACUGCAGCUAGAGCUAGCCUCAGAUUUUCUUUGGAAGACAGCUCUGCUGCUAGCUGACUGGCUCACCUAGCUGGCAGGCGUCAGUCAGCUAGCUGUCACUUUAAUUGACUGGCACUUUACUCAUGUCAAGUCGUGUAGACGCGCUGGCUGUCCAAUUGACUGGGAGCAUCAGGAUGGAGAGGGGUUUGUGUAAAAGCAUCGACAGGCAGAAUGUGGUUUGUUCGUGCUGAAUAGACACCAGUGCCGAGGAAAGGGGAGUGAGACCAAUAUUUUCCAGCCAGGCCAGUUAGCUAGCUCCAGAGCUAGCUACAGUGGAUCCCAAAAGCCACGGCGCUGGCCAUGCCGUCGAGUGUGCGGGCCGGGAGCCUGAAGGACCCGGAGGUGGCUGAGCUUUUCUUCAGGGAGGAUCCUGAGAAGCUCUUCACAGACCUGAGGGAGAUCGGCCAUGGGAGCUUCGGAGCGGUCUACUUUGCCCAUGACAUCCGCACAAAUGAGGUGGUGGCCAUCAAGAAGAUGUCCUAUAGUGGCAAGCAGUCCAAUGAGAAAUGGCAGGAUAUCGUCAAGGAGGUGAAGUUCCUCCAGAAGCUGCGCCACCCCAACACUGUUGAGUACCGUGGCUGCUACCUGAGAGAGCACACAGCAUGGCUGGUGAUGGAGUACUGCUUGGGCUCAGCUUCUGACCUCCUAGAAGUCCACAAAAAGCCCCUCCAGGAAGUGGAAAUAGCUGCCAUAACCCAUGGUGCAUUGCAGGGAUUGGUGUAUCUUCACUCUCACAACAUGAUUCACAGGGAUGUAAAGGCAGGAAACAUCUUGCUAACAGAGCCAGGUCAGGUCAAACUGGGAGACUUUGGCUCUGCCUCCAUUGUUGCCCCUGCCAACUCCUUUGUGGGAACACCUUACUGGAUGGCCCCUGAGGUGAUCCUGGCCAUGGACGAGGGGCAGUACGACGGGAAGGUGGAUGUGUGGUCACUUGGCAUUACCUGCAUAGAGCUGGCGGAAAGGAAGCCUCCUCUGUUCAACAUGAAUGCUAUGAGUGCCUUAUACCACAUCGCCCAGAAUGAGAGCCCUGUGUUGCAGUCUAAUCACUGGUCGGAUUACUUCCGCAAUUUUGUGGACUCCUGUUUGCAGAAGAUCGCCCAGGACAGACCUACCUCUGAUGUGCUGCUCAAGCACCAUUUCCUAUGCAGAGAGCGUCCCAUGACAGUGGUGAUGGACCUGAUCGCCCGCACCAAGGAUGCUGUCCGCGAGCUGGACAACCUUCAGUACCGGAAGAUGAAGAAAAUCCUCUUCCAUGAGGCACACAACGGUCCCGCACCAGAGGGAGGCGAUGAGGAAGAGGAUGUGGAGCAGUAUAUGCUGCGCACCGGCACAGUCAACAGCAUGGAGAGCUCCCACUCUCUGCCAUCCAUGUCAAUCAGCGCCAGCUCCCAGAGCAGCUCGGUCAACAGCCUGGCAGACGGCUCUGACGACAGCGGGGAAAUGGCCAUGAUGCAGGAGGGAGAGCACACCGUCACCUCCAACAGCUCCGUCCUGCACAAGCCCUUGAGCCAUGACAACAUCUACGACGAUCCCUAUCAGCCGGAGAUUGAUGCACAACUUGAAGCUUCGUCCGCUGGUGGCGGCGGCGGCGGUGGUGGUGGAGGUGGAGGAGGAGGGGGAGGGAGGCGUCGUCGAGGCAGAGACCAUUUUGCCACAAUCAGAACCGCCUCGCUCGUCACCCGUCAGAUCCAGGAACAUGAGCAGGGCUCGGCCCUCAGAGAGCAGAUGUCAGGUUACAAGCGAAUGCGGCGGCAGCAUCAGAAGCAGCUGAUGGGCCUGGAGAACAAGCUGAAGUCAGAGAUGGACGAGCACCAGCUGAGACUGGACAAAGAGCUGGAGAAUCAGAGGAACAGUUUUUCAAUGGAGGGAGAGAAACUGUCCAAGAAGCACCAGGUCAUAAUGGAGAAGGAGACAAAGGCAGUCCUUACUGAGGAGAAGAAGUUCCAGCAGCACAUACUGGCCCAGCAGAAGAAGGAGUUGACCAGUCUGCUGGAGUCCCAGAAACGGCAGUAUCGGCAGCGGAAAGAGCAGCUCAAAGAGGAAUUGAACGAGAACCAGUCGACACCAAAGCGGGAGAAACAAGAGUGGCUGGUGCAUCAGAAGGAGUGUCUGCAACAGCUGCAGGCGGAGGAAGAGGCGGGCCUGCUGCGACGGCAGAGGCAGUAUUAUGAACUACAGUGUCGCCAGUAUAAGAGGAAGAUGCUGCUGGCACGCCACAACCUGGAGCAGGAUCUGCUCCGAGAGGAACUGAACAAGAAGCAGACUCUGAAGGACUUGGAGUGUGCCAUGCUCCUGCGGCACCACGAGUCCACCCAGGAGCUGGAGUUCCGCCAGCUGGGCUUGGUGCAGCAUACGCGGGCCGAGCUGAUCCGUACACAGCACCAGACGGAGCUCACCAACCAGAUGGAGUAUAACAAGAGACGUGAGCAGGAGCUGCGUCAGAAACACGCUGUGGAGGUCCGCCAGCAGCCCAAGAGCCUCAAAGUGAGUGAUGGCACCCAGGGCCCGGGGUCUCCCGAGGAGGGAGAGGGCCAGGCUGCAGGGGGGCUGAGCGGGGAGGCGGAAGUGGAGGUGGAGGUGGAGGAGUUGGAAAAGGAGAAGGUGGUAGCUAAAGAGAUGGAUGAUGGUCAGGAUGAGCUUGAUGGAGCAGUACUAGAACUCAGCGAUGAGGGGGUGGAGCUUGUGAGUGUCCCUGUGGUAGAAAGAAAAGAUGAGGUAGAUGAAGACAAUCAACCAAAGGGAAUUACUGAGGGAGAAGAUGAGGAUGGAGAAGAGGAGUGGAAAAUCGGUGAAGAAAGUACAGAGGUGAGAGAAGUAGAGGGAGUGCAGUGGGAGGACGAGGAUGAGCACAGUAAAACGACACAUGUAGACACUGAUGACGAGGAAGAGGAGGGUAGAGGUGUGGCCGACGGCUGUCCGUCAGAGCUCAUCUCCUCUCUGUCCCUAGAAAAGAGACGGCUCCGCGAGCGAAACAUCGAUGAGCUGUCCGAGUUUUACUUCCCGGACACUCAGGAGCUGGAGCCCAUCCCCAGCUCACCCCCUCCUCCCCCUCCCCCCGCCCAGACUUCUCUUCCCUCACUCUUUUCUCACGCCAUCUGCCUCCUGCUCUCGCUCUCAGCCGCUGCCCAGCCCUCCAACCUCACUCUGCUGCUGCUCUCCAUCUUCCUCCUCUCACUCCGUCGCUCUCCCCCUCUGCCCUCGGUGGCCUCCGUCAUUCUCUCCGCCGAGCUCGCCUUCUUGGCGCUCUUCUUCUCGUACCUCUUCCUUCGCUCCUGCUGCUCUCUGUCUCUCUCCACUUACCUGACGCUCAGCCUCUGGGCUAGUGGCCUCUUCAGUUUAGGUCUGUCCUUUAGUUUGGGGAUUUAUUACAUCCCCAUGAUUUUGAUAUCAGCUUCCUUCCUCAGCUCUCCCUCCAUCUUCCUCUCUCUGUAUCUGGUGGUGGUGCUGGUUGUCAGGCCAGCCCGUGAUUUCCUCCAGCACGCACCCCGCAAAGUCAAUCGCCUCUGCAUGCGCGUCCUGUUCCGCCUGCCUCGGCCCCUGUUCACCAUGUGCCAGUCAGUCCUUGGCGGUAUGGCUGAGCGUAACCUCUAUGAGAUGUUUCCGAAAGCAGGGCGCAACUGGGGUGUGCGCCAGUCCAAAAUCCCUGUCCCCUUGAAAAGCCUGCCUUUAGAGCAUCAGGCUCGCUGCACGAACACCUCUCCCUUGGCCAAGGGCCUUCUGUGGGUGAGGCGGUUCAGUAGACGCCCCCUCGGGGUGCUGGCAGACCUGGCUAACUCUGUAGUGUUAAAACUAGCCAGACAGCUCCUUAUAAAGCUGCCGCCCAAUAUCAGAGUCAAACUCCAAACUCUGGGGCUCGUGAAGAAGGAAAUCCCGAGCAGGCUGCCCCGACUGCUGCCCAGGGAGAUGAGAGAGAGGAGGCAGAGGGAGAGGAGGAGGAGAGAGAGGGAGAGGCAGAGGAGGGUAGAGAGGGAGAAGAGUUUUCGAGAUGAGUCGAGGUGGGAGUGCGGGUUGAGGCGAACUUCGUCUGGAAGGUUUGUCAGGUCGAAAGUACGGCCAUGGAGAUAGCAAGAGUGUGAGACAAAGGAAAGAGUGUGACACGUGUGCUGGUGGUGUGUGUGUUUGUGUGACCAUGAUCAUGCUCCAUUGUUCAACCAUCAUCUGUGUGUCUUUUUGAUUUGGGUCCAUGUGUCUCUCUUGUUACAUGAUUCCCAAACUGGUUUUUGGUCACACAUCUCCCAAGAUGAGACAUAUUUUCCCUGCACACUUAUAUCAGUGUGCGCUGGCUGAAAGUGAUUUUGGCUGUCAAAGCUUAUCCAAACAUGUGUGCACACAAGCUGUACUGUCGAUUCAGCAGAUGUUAACAUGCAGCUGAACCCACGGUUACUGUACCAAAAACCUAGUGAAGUUUUAAUGUUUCAUUAUUGUGCUUUUUGUAAAAGUUCCUUUAAGUGUCUUUAAUUUUAUUAUUUUGCUCUUAAUUUGUAAGACAAUUAUUUUUAUGGUUAUUUUUGAGACCGUUUUUGUGCAAUCUUGUGGUUUUUUUUUUUCUUCAUUAGUGGUCUUAUUUCAUAGGGCACACUGUGAUGUCAGUGCUUAGAACAAAUAUUACAGUGUUGCGUAGCGUCAGGGCUAUAAUUCACUCCCCAAAGCUGAAUACUGUGAAGCGUAGGAAAAAAAUACUUCUGCUAACAUCACCCUGAACACUAGCUCCCAGUCAGUAUAAAAGUGCAAUAAACAGCUAAGUAGAAAUAUCUGGGACCACUGUAGGACGUCAUUAAUGUUGGGAAGUCAAAAUGGAAAACUGUUAGCCAGAUUGACUUGAAAAUAAUCAAGUUGGGGCCAAGCUGCAACAUGAAGCCUGUCCAUUUCCUCUUUUCAUGUUAAGACAUCAAUAAAUGUCAUUUACAGCUGAUUCUAGUCAGACAUACACUUUUUAUUGCACGUAACGCAAUAAUCUUAUGAUUUACCGUGUAAACAUUUAGAUAAUUCCCCUUUUGAUAAUCAUAUGAAUACCAGUUGAGUGCCUAGUUACAACAGUUUGCACACAUGUUAAUAGUCUGUUGUGAAGUAACAUAUCCUAAAUUUAUAGCAGAUGGAUAGUGGAAACUGAUGUACUCUGGAGUAGUACAAUAUAAACAAAAAAAAACUAUUUAAUAUUUCAGUGUAAUUUAUAUGAAGCCAUAUAGACAAUCUUUUGAGACACGCAAUCAUAAAAUAAGUCCAAAGAUUGACGCAACUACUGAAUGUUAACAUUAAAAUUGAGACUAUCAUAUGAAGAGGAUAUCCAGAAAUAGACAGCUGUUAUUGUGCACUGUCCCAAAGAGCAUGUUAAAGAUACCACAUUUGGGAGAACAGAUCACUUCUGUUAAACCUUUAGCCUUCGAAACGUCAAAAAAUACUGAAAAACUGUCAAUGAACCUCCGAAAGUGUAAUGUGAUGUCAUCCAAUAUCUCGUUUUGAUUGACCAAAAGAAAGAUAUUCAGUUUACACUGAUAAACAUACAUAGUGAAAGCAAGCAUAAAAUCCUGUGAUUCAUUCAGUGUUUUUGUUUUAAAAAAAGAUUAAUGAAAGAAUUAAUCGAUUAUUAAAACCAUUUCUGAUCAUUUUCUCUCCAUUCGGACCAAAACUUGACAGUUUAAAGUGCCGUUUUAUAAACUUAUUCUUUUGAAGAAUUGAGGACUUGAACACCAAAAUGCUCUGAUGUUUACAUUUAAUUGAAUGAAGUCAAAUUAACCAAAUAUAACUGAAAGUAUAGUGACAGAAAAAGGAUUUAAAAAUGUGCAUAUCUGCAAGGGAAGCCUGGUUAAGAUGAGUAAAAUGCUUUUGUUCAUAAAUGCUGUUCAUGUAGGAAGAAUUGCCCUGUUGAGCUGUUCUCAUGGAGGAAUAUCACCGAGUAGGAAACCUCGAUCUUAACUGUAUGUGACUCUGAGGGAACAAUGAAUAGGGCACUUGUUUUGGGUGAGCUGUAUUAAGGAAGUUGAGCUUUAAAAAAAAAAAAAAAAAAAAAGACAUUU